GAGCUGCUCCUCAAGGUCCUGCUGUAUGGUGGAUCCAGGGCUGCUCCUCAAGGUCCUGCUGUAUAGUGGAUCCAGGACUGCUCCUCAAGGUCCUGCUGUAUGGUGGAUCCAGGGACUGCUCCUCAAGGUCCUGCUGUAUGGUGGAUCCAGGACUGCUCCUCAAGGUCCUGCUGUAUGGUGCAUCCAGGGACUGCUCCUCAACUGUAUGGUGGAUCCUAGGGGCUGCUCCUCAAGGAUCUGUCAGGGGCCACACCUUCAGGAGCCCGUCAUCCUGGGAGAGCUCCCAGCAAUCCCCAUGGAUAAGUGACUCACAAGCAGCAGCAUCCUCCUCUCUGCAGCACUGUGUCUGAGCUCUGCAAGGUGAACAGUCUUUUCUGGAGUCAGGACUCUUCCUCCCCCUCCCCGGGGCCCUGGAUCUUUAUCCGACAAAUGUUCUUCUGCAGGAUUGAUGCCCAUGAAGACGUAUUCAGCUGUGCAGGGAUCCUGAGAGGUAUGUCACCACGCGGACUGCCAGCAAAUGAAUCAGAAGAAUCCACUGAAUUUGUGUGAGUCAUGUGACAUCAAGUUCCACAGCACCAUGCACUUUGAUAGACAUAUACGCUUCGACCUCCCCCCUCAAGGAUCCAUCCUGGCCCGUAACGUCUCCACGCGAUCAUGUCCGCCCCGCACCAGCCCUGCGUCCGAUGUGGAGGAAGAUGAAGAGGAGUUAUUGGAUGGUAAAGGAGAGAAGAAAGCUGCGGGGCUGAAGAUCACCAAGAAGAAAACCCGGAGACGGCACACCGAUGACCCCAGUAAGGAAUGCUUCACAUUAAAGUUCGAUCUGAAUGUGGAUAUAGAGACAGAAAUUGUACCGGCCAUGAAGAAGAAAUCCCUGGGUGAAGUUCUCAUUCCGGCCUUUGAAAGGAAAGGUAUAGAGCUCAGUAAGGUGGACAUCUUCCUGGAUCAGUCUAACACUCCGCUGUCCCUCAACUUUGAAGCCUACAGAUUCGGAGGACACUACCUGAAGGUUAAAGCCAAACCGGGGGAUGAGCAGAAAGUGGAACAGGCGGUGAAGGAUUUCCGAUCAUUGAGUUUACCCAUUAUGAGGAACACCGGGGCGACAUCCACGUAUAUCUUCACCCCACCCAACGAGAGGCCGGACCCGCCGCCGUUCAGGAGGGAGAGCACUGACAUCUUGGCUCCGGGGAGAAGAAGAAAGAAUAUGACUGAAUUCCUCGGAGACGCCACUAUUCCCAUACAAGAUCCUCUGCAGAACUUCAGCUCCUCGCUGCCCAACAACGACACCUGGAAGAACCGAGCGGCCAGUAGAUUCAGCGGCUUCUUCGGAUCCGGCACCACCGGCCCAUUUGGCAAGGAGAUCGAUAAGAUGGAACAACUGGAGAGUAAACUGCACUCGUACAGCAUGUUCGGACUCCCCAAGCUCCCCCAGCAGCUGCGCUUCGAUCAGGAUUCAUGGGAGGAAGAAGAGGACGACACCAAUCUGAGCCUGGAAGACAGCUGGCAGGAGAUCAUCGAUGUUCCUGAGACUCUCACAAGACGCCAGUGUCACCAGCAGGAGGCCAUAUGGGAGCUGAUCCACACCGAAGCCACUUACAUCAAGAAGCUGAAAGUCAUCACCGACCUGUUCCUGUGCUGUCUGCUGAAUCUACAGGAAUCAGGAUUAUUAUGUGAGGUGGAACCAGAGAAACUGUUCAGCAACGUGCAGGAGAUCAUUCAGCUUCAUCGGACUCUCUGGGGCAACGUCAUGGCGCCCGUCCUGGACAAGACCAGGAAGAGCAAAAGCCUCCUGAACCCGGUGGACUUCCAGAAAGGAUUCAAGAUGUUCGAGGCUCUCUUUAAGCCGUACAUCAGAUAUUGUAUGGAAGAGGAGGGCUGUAUGGAGUAUAUGAGAAAUCUGCAUCGUGACAACGAAUUGUUUCGUGCGUAUGUGACGUGGGCCGAGAAACACAAGCAGUGCAACCGCCUGAAGCUGAGCGACAUGCUGGUGAAACCGCAUCAACGCCUCACCAAGUACCCUCUGCUGCUCAAGUCCAUCCUGAAGAAGACGGACGACCACCAAAUCAGAGAGUCCAUCAUCAUUAUGAUAAACUCCGUUGAGCGUUUCAUCAAUCACGUGAACUCGCGGAUGCGCCAGCGGCAGGAGCAGCAGCGACUGGCGGCUAUCAUCAGCCGCAUCGACUCGUACGAAGCCGUGGAGAGCAGUUCUGAUGAAGUAGAUAAGAUAUUGAAGGAAUUCUGCAAGUUGGAUUUGACGGCGCCAAUGAUCGGAACGUCCCCGGAUGAGACGCGACAACUCCUACUGGAAGGAAGCCUGAAAAUGAAAGAAGGAAAAGACAGCAAGAUGGACGUUUACUGCUUCCUGUUUACGGAUCUUUUCCUUAUCACCAAACCGGUGAAGAAGGCGGAGAGGACCAAAGUCAUCCGGCAGCCAUUACUGGUGGACAAAGUCAUCUGCAGAGAACUAAAAGACACAGGUUCCUUCCUCCUGAUCUACCUGAACGAGUACCGAAGUGCGGUGGGCGCCUAUACUUUUCAAGCCAGCGGGCAGUCAUUGUGCAGGGGAUGGGUGGAAGCGCUUUUCAAUGCACAGAACUUGUUACAGAGACUCCGCCAGGAGCACGUGCAGAACCAGCGGCUCCACCCAGAGGAGGAAGAAGACAUGGAAAGUGGGACCUCUGCGGCCAGCUCCCCCACCAUCCUGCGACGCAGCAGUGCUGACAUGUUACAGAGCCAAUCGGAUGGCUCGACAGAGACCAUAUCGGUCGUGGUCAUCGAUGCCUGUGAUGAUCUCUCCUCUCCCGAGACCGACCAAGGACCCUUCAGCUCCCAGUCCGAUGCGACUUCCAUCAGCACCACGGCCUCCUCCAUCACCCCAACCAGGGACAUGUUCGAAAGCAUGGAGACCUCAGAGGCGAGCCCGGUGGCCGAGUCCAACUACCUAAAACUGGAGCCGAACACCUGCAGAUCCUCGUCCAUCGACAGCGCCUACGGGACCCUCUCCCCGACCUCACUGGAGGAGUUCGUGGAACGUCAGCAACAAGAGAUGACAGAAGAGGAGAGGGAGUCGGUCAGCUCUCAGCGCUCCACCUCCCCCAAACUGAAGAGGAGAACCCCGGUCCAGCUCCUACCGUGCAAGACCAAGGUCCUGAAGUCCAAGUCUGAAGCCAACCUCCUCCACCUGAUCUCCACAGAACCCACCACCCAUGAUGCCGAGGAAGCUCAGCUGACCCAGAGCAAGAGCCUGUGCGAACUCUUUAUCUCCCCCAGACCAGACGCCAUUGCGGAUGGCGGCAGAAGCGACCGGGGGGCCCGAUACGUUUCCCACAAAAGGACUAGCUUGGUGGAACGGUCCUUGAGGAAAGCCGAAGAACAUUUGGCAAAACCCAGAUCCCGCUCGGAAUACGGCAGACAGACUGUGGUCAAUCUGAGCAGCUGCAGCAGCAGCGACUCCUCCGACCUCUCCGAUUCCGAAGAGAUGCGAUUUUCCAAAUCUUCCGAAGAUCCGCUAUCCCGGCAGCUGGACGCUCUACCGGAUUAUGAGCUUGACUACCCGUCACGGGAAUACAGCUCCUCUUACACCGAACACUAUGUGGGCGACAAUGGGGCCGAGACGGGCAAUGCUGCCUCACCAGGCUGUGCCAGACGGACAAUGUCAGACCCCCAGACGGCGCAGCACCGGAAACUUACUCUGGCCCAACUCUACCGGAUAAGAACGACUCUGCUCCUUAACUCUACUCUAACCGCCUCGGAGGUGUAAAUACAUUGGAACCGAAACGCGUUGACUGCAGGAGAACAAUAUGUCCAAAGCGUUCCGGGUGGCCUGCGUUCCUUGUACCGGAUGUGCACGUGGCUGAAGAGUCCAUGUCUAGGCGUUGGACUUGGUGGGUCUAGAUUCGUUGACAGACAUUUGCAGAAAAAUCUCCCCCCCCUUGAGACUCUGAAACGCGUCUCGUUCGCACUUUUUGAGCAAUAAAGAAUUUGUGAUGGAAAGAAGGGGAAACGCCAUAGGAAACGAGUGGAGGCGGUGAGACUCAUGGGUGGACCCCGAAGUGUUAUGGCAACCAAUUGGUCGCGCCUUCGCAGGACUGAAUUAUGCAUCAUAACUAUUGCUUUAAUGUUUUACAUACUCACCCUUUCCCCUUCCUUGACCCCGGCGCACCAUACAUGUCUAUUAGCACAGCCCAAAUUAACCUCUACGAAAUGUUUACUAAGCUGUACGUCUGGCAGAGGAAUCGAAGGGAUGAUGAGACUUCUUAACGUAAAUUAUAAGGAUAUUACGAGUCAUCAUGACCAAGCAAAAUGGCGCCAUUGGCUGCAUCGACCAAUCUCCUGUGAUUUUUCUUGUCUGUGAUCUGUCAUGUGACUACUUAAAGCAGCGGUCUUCAAACUGUGAACCUCCCAUAUGUUGCAAAACUACAAUUCCCAGCAUGCCCGGACAGCCAUUGGCUGUCCGGGCAUGCUGGGAGUUGUAGUUUUGCAACAUAUGGGUGUCCACAGUUCGACAAGAUGGCAGACGUUUGGGGGGAGGGGGGAAGAAGGGUUGGGCAUGUUGAAUAUCUGGAAUUAGGCACAUUGGAUGUCUGGAAGCAGCAUAUUACCUUUUUCUCCUUUGAAAACUCAUGCACGCUCAUCUGAGAGGGUCCGGAGUGAUCAUUGGGGGCCAUACGUGCGUCUGGCCAAUGGCUAUCUAACGUGUAUGGGAGACUAUAGUCAGUAAGAAAACAAGGCAAAAGGAACAGACGCAGGAAAAACUGAUUGAACUGUGUUAUAGCUACUGUAGGCUCCGCAGGGGCGGGGCUUGAUAUAAGGAAAACCAAAGACAGAAUUGCUGUUUGAUGCCCUGCCCCCUCGGAGUCUGCAAUAGCCAAAACACAGUGUUUACUGCCAGUAAAAUCUCGUUAAUGGAGUUCUUAGAGUCAGUUUUAGGAAGGAGGAUCCGCCAUCUAACCCAGUAAAGUCACACGGGGGAUUUAAUUUUACGGCGGUAAAAACUGCGCAUAUUUAUUGGCACAAAAAUUCGCAACUUUUUUGUCGGACUAAUAAAUCUGCCUACAAAUGUCUUAGUAAGGCUGUAAAUUUAUAGAGUAGGUUAUUCUUUAAAAAAAAGUAUGAUGAACACAGGAGCGAUGACAUCAUCAGGUGACAUCACAGUUGUGUUUAGAUUGAUCUAAUUUAAUGGAGCCUAUUGAUCAUUUGCGUGAAAUUUUUUUUCAAUUUCUUUUUCCUUUCCGUUUUGCGCAGUUUUUCCGGCAAGGUUCCUGCGUGUAAUUAAAUAAAUUGCGUAAGUGCACCAUUUAAAAAAAAAAAAUGCAUUAGACUUCCCACAACCUAGGCAGUGGUGUAUACUCGCGCAAUUUUUUGUUGCUCAAUUAUUAUUGUUUUUUAUGCAUUUUUAAUGCACAAUGAUGAACGCAACAAAUCAUCUGCACACUUUAAGCCACGCCCCCUCUUAGUGCAAAAAUAAUGCAAGAACACGGCAAAAUAAAAAAUUAAAAUUGCGCAAAAAAUUAUGAUAAAUGCCCCCCCCCCCCUUCCUAUUAUUAGAGCAUGUGUGUUAUACAGAGGCCUCCCCGGCUGUAUAUACUCCGACAAAUGGGUCCCCUCGAAAGCUUCCGCACGUGACCAAAGUUGGGCGCCCGCGUCCGAUUCUUACGCCGAUACGAACGUCUUACGACUUUCUCGAUGACUUGUGUCGCUGACCUGUACAGCCGCUAGAAGCGAGACGACUUCAUCCUGUCAUUCAGUCUAAGGGAUGCGAUUGCUAGUGUAUAAGUAAGUGAACCCCCCUCCUCCCCAUAAGGGUAGAGGGGGGGGGGGGGGGGGCCUGGCGCCUAUUUUUUUUCCGAUAGAUUAUGUACGGCGAUGGCGAAGAUGGACAGCGACAGUAUUAUCCUUCCCGGACAUGGUGCUUGCCAAUGUUUAAAUUAUUUCUUCCAUGAAAAUAUUUUUCUUUAGUUGUUUUGUUUUUUUUAGAUUUUUUUUUUCUCUUUAGUUUUUCUUUCUUUUGUUUAUUUUUCGUUGUUACAUUAUUUAAACUUGUUGUUUUUUUGUUUUUUUUUCCAAAAGGGCACUUUAUUUGUAAAAUAAUUUGUAGUUACCGUAACCAGUUAGAAACCCGUAACCUGUACAUAGUCUAUAUCAUAUAAGUCUAGCACGAUGUCGUAAUGGCGCGCGUUCAUGUCAUAAACCGCUUUUUUACUGACGCAUAAUCUCAUUUUCCUAACAUGCACCGAGCCGUAUGGGCGGCCAUUUUGGCGAGAUGAACCACAAGAAAAUGUGCGAGCUAUAAUUUGAACUAGUCAUAUUGUUUAAGGGUUUGUCCGAAUUGAAUUUUUUCCCCCAGACACAGCGCCACCUAUAUGGCCGUGCCCGGUAUUGCAGCUUUGUUACUUUUUUUUUGCUUGAGCUGCAACACCAGAAAUAGCCAAUAGAGUUUCCCAUCCAUUUUUGCAAAACUAAAACUCCCAGCAUGCCCGGACAGCCAACGGCUGUCCGGGCAUGCUGGGAGUUUUAGCUUUGCAACAGCUGGAGGCACACUGGAUGGGAAUUACCAUACUAGAGCGGCGCUGUUUCUUUAAAAAAAAUUCAAAUGUUCAAAUUGGCCGCCGCGUAUACGGUUUCGUUAUUACUAGGUUUGACAUAACAAUACAUUGUACCCUCCCCCAUCCAUAUGUUUUUACACCGCGUACCCCGGUAGGGUAUUUUUUAUUUAUUAAAAAGAAAAACAUAUUACUUCUUUAAAGUGGUAUAAUUAUUAUUAUUAUUUUUUUUUUUUGUAAAAGAAAAAAAUAUAUAAAAGUGAAUUGAGUUUUUUCCUAAUAAUUUGGAAAUAAAAUUGUAAAAUGUAAUAAAAAUGUUUGUAA